AUGUCAGAAAAUACCAACAUUCUGAUGUUAGAACUAAAAUUUGCUAAAAGGUGCGCUCGUUGUGAUAGGCAAAGGAAAAAGUGUGAUAUAGAGAUAACGUUGGGAAAGUUCAGAUGCACGAAUUACCCACCACUUGAACUCGAUGUUUCUGAAGAGGAGGAUGGCAAAAUAUAUUUACAACCUAAUGACCAAUCUAAUGACAAUAAAUAUGAAAUAAAUCAAGAUACAUUCGAAAAAAUUUUAAGGAUAAAAAUAAAAAAUGGAUUCGAUUUGGGAAAAUUUAUAAACGAAUCGGUAACAAAUAGAAUCGAUUCCUUCUCGGCUCAAACCCCUAUCGCCGAAUAUAAUUGGCCUCGAUUUGAGGAAGAACUUGGAUUUUCAGGAUUUUCUAGUGCAUUUAGAGAAUUUGAAGAACUGUUCCCAGGAGAAUAA